AUUUGUUUUAUUUUCCCACAGAAACCUGUGAAUAUACCGCUUUUUUGCAAAUUUUUUUCGAUGGACCAAGGUUCGAAACGGAGUUUGGACGACUGUGAGCAAACUCGGGACAUGACACAGAAGAUACGACGCUUAUUUGCUUGUGGUUUUUGGCUGUUCCUGUCGUUUCUUGCCAAAAAUGAAGAUCGUAUUGAGCCUGUCAAAGUAAAUUAUUUGAUAGGGAAUAAUUACCUAGACCCGAUUAACCUUCUGUCUUCAGAGAGCGAAUACCUGCUGAAGUUGCUGAUUCAGUCCCACGUUGCUGGGUCCAUCAUUGGACAAGGUGGAGAGACCUUGGUAUGGCUGAAGCAGAAAUCUGGUGCACAGUUGUGGAUGUCCAAAGGGAGUGAAUAUUUCCCAGGGACUACCUCCAGAGUUUGCGUCAUUAAAGGAAGUCGAGAUGCUGUAAUACACUGUGCGCGAUGCAUCAUUGAAAUCACGAGCCUCAAGUUGCAUAAUCGAUUGGCAACGAUCAACGAAAGAGACUACGUCGUGGACGAGGAAGCUGACAUGUUCAUCUUUAUGGUUGUCCCGGGACAGUCAGUUGGAAGAAUCAUCGGAAAAUUUGGGAAGAAUGUUCGCAACAUACCGUCGCAGUUCAAGGUGGAUGUUCAAGUCUCCGAACCCGGUAUUGGCACUGAGAAAGAGAAGUGUCUCAUCAUCAAAGGAUGCUUGGUCGAUGCGGAGAGUGUCGUUCAUCAUUUUGCCACUGUCUUGCACGACGAAUGGGCCACAGUUGGGGUUUCGUACAUUUUUACGGAGCCGACACUGGCCAGUCAUGAGCAGCAAAAUGGGCUUUGUAUGAGCAAGUCUCUCGCUGUUGCGUGCAGCCCAUUCGAUUACGAAUUAAAAGCAACGCAUUUCGCAAUGCAAACUUUCAAAGUAAUUUCCGAAUCCUUCCAGUUUCGUGUUGGGAACCAAGCUGGGAAAUUUCUCAAAUCAUGGAUUCCUUAUGUUCUAGGGAUAGAAUUCUUGGUGUCGACCACAAAAGGAAGGAAAGGAAUCGUGUCAGAGAGUCUCUUGAAGAGUAUUCAUGCUCACAUGACGGUCCUCAAUUUUUCUGGCUUGGAUGCUGCCGCUGCAAUCGGAGCGAUCGCGAUUCUAUCGGAGAAAGGCAUGCUUGCCUUAACGAACUUCUCCCAAAUGUGUCCUUCUAUGAAUAAUCAGCUGCAAUUACCGAAUCCUGUGGAUACAACUCAGAAAGGGAAGAAUGUUGUCGCUAGGGUGUGGACAAACAAACCAGGACGAGCGAAAAGCGGAGAAACAAUAUUCGUUGGCGAGUCUGAUGUUGCGUCAGAUUUUUUACCGCUUUCGGGUGAUGACUUCUCUAGACUCGAAGGUGAAAAAGGGCGUGAGUUACUUGAGAAUUUGGAGAAAGCAGCGAACAUCACGUUGAAGGUUUCACCCGCCAACACUCCGUUUGUGGGAGUUGAGGCAAGACUAUGGGUUUAUGGGCCGAAGGAAAAGAAUUCCUUCUUCGUCAAAGCUUUACGGGCCAUGCUAGAGCUUGAGAGUCCCGAAGUGGACCUCGGCAGCAUUGGAUAUCUAAGUGAUUGUUGA